AAAAAAAACAAAGAAAUCAAACCAACCAACUUGAAACUUGAAACUUAUUGAAAAAUUUUAAUAUCUCUUCAGAAACACUUUCAUUUUCAACAAGAACAAGAACAAGAACAAGAACACAUUCUCAAGUUUAUCAUCAGUAGUAGAACGAAGACAGAUUGAUUGGAAGAACCAUCAUCAUGACUAUCCAAGCAUCGAUCAAAUCGAAAAACUCAACUAACCAUAGUAGUAAUCUGAUCAAACGAACUAGGCACACUGAUCAAGCAAGAUUAAAGAUGUUGAUCGAUAACUUACAAUUGAGAUUAAAUUAUGCUAAACUCAAAGUUUCACAUGGUUGGCAUACUCAUACAUUCAAUCAAGUCGAAACACUUUAUUCAACUCGACUUCACCAACCCUCAACUUCUUCAACUUCUUCUUCAUCAUCCACUUCAACUUCUUCACCACCUACUAUUAAAUUAAAACAAUCCAACUUCAAUUUCAAUCCAUCAUCUCAAUCUAAUUCACAUUCACUUUCGAAAUCAAAUCAAUCAAAUCAAACCACUUUAUUAGAUUUAGCAUUAACUAAAUCUAAAUCAAAUCCAUCAACACCACAACCAUCAUCAUUCUCAUCCCCAUCAUCAUCAUCACCAUCAAAUCAUACCGAACCCUUCAAUCAAAUCCAACUAAACUUGAACCAAGAUUUACAUUCGUUCUUACUACCACAUCAUCAAGUCUCACCUAACCAAUCCUUCUUUUCAAACUCGAAUCAAAUCUUUGGAACUCCCUUAACGAAAUCCUCAUCCCCACAUCACCUAGAAACCCCUAAUCCAUUUAAAUCCAUCACUAGCACUGAUCGUAAGAUGAGCAAAAGCUUAAUAAGUUUAUUUCCAAACCUAUUAAAUAGCGAACAAACCAAUCAUCAAAUGUCCGAGAUCUGGAAACUCACCAACACAAACCCAUUCAGUCCGAUCACCUUCAACAAAAACUCAUCCACCUCUUGCUCAAAAACUUUGAAAGACUUUGAAUUAAUCGAAACCCAAACUCCUAUUACCAACAAAUUCCAUUCGAUCAAACAUUCUCAUUCAAAUGACUUUAAUCUCACUUCUAUCAGUCCUUUAAGGUUUUCAUUAAACUCGUCAAAAAAAUCGGGCUUGAGAAAGUCUUUGGGAAAAAUUUCGGCUGGUGGAUUGAACUUUACUUCUCAGGCCUUUCAGAAUGUUGAAAUUGAAGAGACUCAGGAUCAGAUUAGUUUAGAUGAUUUGGAUUCGAUUAAUUGGACUUCUAAAUAAUUUAAAUUUUCGAUCUUUACCUUUUGAUUCUUUGUCUCUUUUGGUCUAUCAUUGAUUUUUCUUUUUUGCUUUUCGAUUGUUUGUUUUGAUCUGAUUUUUUUUUAUUUUUUUUUGUCUUUUGUUGGGUUUUAAAGGUUUUCUCUGGUCAGUUGGGUAUUCUAAAAAAUUUCUAGGUUUCUGCAAUUUAUGGGAUUCUUUCUUUAUUUAUAAUGUUACAAAUUUUCAUAAUUUGAUCCAAAAGUUUUUUUUUCUUUUUUUUUUUCUUUAGAAGAUUGAUAGUGAAGUUUUAUUAAAUAUGAAUUCACAUUUUAUGUAUGAAAAAAAAACAUUUUUUUGUUUGAUGAAAAAAUGAUCAAGAAU